UAUCAUUCUUCCUUCUCUUUACUUUUGUAAAUUUCUUUGUUCAAAGAAAAGAAAUAAACAUCUCUUUUUCUUGUCAGUCAGAGAAAUUAUUGAAAUGGGUAUUUCUGAGAAGAAAACCAUGAAUAUGAUUAUGUUGUGCCUCUGGCUGGCGACCAUCUCCUUAAUAUGUGGCCAAAUUUCUGCUAAAUUUCCAAAUUUUGAGCAUCCUACAAAAGGUGAUGGCACUCUCAAAUUUUUGGUUAUUGGAGAUUGGGGAAGAAAAGGAGAGUACAACCAAUCUCAAGUUGCACUUCAGAUGGGAAGAAUUGGGGAAGAAUUAGAUAUAGAUUUUGUAAUUUCAACAGGUGAUAAUUUUUAUGAUAAUGGAUUGUAUGGAGAGACUGACCCUGCCUUUGUUGAAUCUUUUACCAACAUCUACACAGCCAAAAGCCUCCAAAAACCGUGGUAUACAGUUUUAGGCAACCAUGAUUAUCGAGGUGAUGCAGUUGCACAAUUGAGCCCCUAUCUUCAAAAAAUUGAUAGUAGAUGGCUUUGUUUGAGGUCUUUUGUUGUUAAUGCAGAAAUUGUGGAGUUAUUUAUGUUGGAUACCACUCCUUUUGUGAAUGAUUAUUUCAUCAACCCAGAACAUAUAUAUGAUUGGCGUGGUGUCAUCCCUACAAAGGACUACACUACUUAUGCAUUAAAGGAUCUAGAAAGAGCGUUGAAGGAAUCAAGGGCAAAAUGGAAAAUAGUGGUGGGGCAUCAUGCUAUCAGAAGUGUGGGCCACCACGGUGACACUGCAGAGCUUGUAAAUCUUCUUCUUCCUCUUCUUCGGGCCAAUGGCGUUGAUCUAUACGUGAAUGGUCAUGACCAUUGUCUCGAACAAAUAAGCGACGACAAAAGCCCUAUUCAGUUUUUGACGAGUGGGGCCGGGUCCAAGGCUUGGAGGGGAGAUGUUAAAAAUCUGAGUCAUGAAAACCUAAAAUUCUUCUACGAUGGACAAGGAUUCAUGUCACUUCAAUUCACAGAUAGUGAUAUGGAAAUUACAUUUUACGAUGUGUAUGGUGAGGUUUUGCACAGGUGGACUACCUCAAACCAGCUUCUUUCAGAUAUGUAAUUUAUAAAGUAAAGUUGAUUUAUAUAAGUAGUCAGAUUAUGUUUGUAUGUAGAGAUUUAUUAUGAUUGUUAUUCUUUAAAAAGAACAAAUAUAGUGGGUUGUAACUUGUAACCGCGUAAAGCAUGAGAGUGUGCUUUGUAUACUUAUGUCGAUCAAAUUUAUAAGAUUGAAGUUCUUUUUGGGAAAA